AUGUCCGUGGUACAGUCAGUAGUGGGACAACAAGUCCCACGACUGGUCUUUCCAAAUGGAGGGCAGUUGGGAAACUCGAGGGAUUUUGUCCUUGUUGAUUUUGUUGGUCUGGGUUGUAAAUCUUUUUCCGGGAAGAAGUCCCGCCGGAAAGUUGGAGUAUCGUACUCUACCCGCUCGACACGUGGUCUGACCGGAAAGCAGAGUCACUGGUCUUCUUCGCCCUCUAUCAGAGCUGUCCUUGAUCUUCAACGUGUUGGCACUUCUACUUCUUCUUCUUCCAACUCCGCUUCCACUUCCUCCUCUUCCGAUGAUGAUUUAAAACCCAAGGUUGCAAACUUGGAAGAUAUUAUUGCAGAAAGGGGGGCAUGUGGUGUUGGAUUUAUAGCCAAUUUAGAAAAUAAAGCAUCACAUGGGAUAAUUAAGGAUGCUCUUAAUGCCCUCGGAUGCAUGGAACAUCGUGGUGGUUGUGGAGCAGAUAAUGAUUCUGGAGAUGGUUCUGGAUUGAUGACAUCUAUUCCUUGGGAAUUUUUCAAUGAUUGGGCUGAGAAGCAGGGACUUGCAGCCUUAGAUACGUUGCAUACUGGUGUCGGAAUGGUUUUCCUUCCCAAAGAUGACGACCAAAUGAAAGAAGCAAAAAAAGUUAUUGAAAAUAUUUUUAAGCAAGAGGGUCUUGAAGUGCUUGGAUGGAGGCCAGUUCCUGUAGAUACUUCUAUUGUUGGCUUUUAUGCAAGACAAACCAUGCCUAACAUAGAGCAGGUGUUUGUUAGAAUUGGCAAAGAAGAAAAUGUUGACGACAUUGAAAGAGAACUAUACAUCUGUAGGAAGUUAAUUGAAAGAGCAUCAAACUCUGAAACGUGGGGUAAAGAACUCUACUUCUGCUCCUUGUCAAACCAAACCAUUGUGUACAAGGGAAUGCUACGGUCAGAAGUUCUUGGAAAGUUUUAUUUCGACCUACAGGAUGACCUUUAUAAAUCCCCAUUCGCAAUUUAUCACCGGAGAUACAGCACGAAUACUAGUCCUAGAUGGCCCCUGGCUCAACCUAUGAGGUUUCUUGGUCAUAAUGGGGAGAUCAACACCAUACAGGGAAAUUUAAAUUGGAUGCAAUCUCGAGAAUCGUCUUUGGAGUCUCCAGUAUGGCGAGGUCGUGAAAGUGAAAUUCGUCCUUUCGGGAAUCCAAAUGCUUCUGACUCGGCAAAUCUUGAUAGUACAGCAGAGUUGUUGAUUAGAAGUGGCCGUACUCCUGAGGAAGCUUUAAUGAUUCUAGUGCCCGAGGCAUACAAAAGUCAUCCUACACUAACGAUUAAAUAUCCCGAGGUUGUGGAUUUUUAUGAUUACUACAAGGGUCAGAUGGAGGCUUGGGAUGGACCUGCAUUACUCUUAUUCAGUGAUGGGAAAACAGUUGGAGCUUGUCUUGAUCGUAACGGGCUUCGUCCCGCUAGAUAUUGGCGCACAAAGGACAAUGUUGUCUAUGUAGCAUCUGAGGUUGGUGUGGUGCCCAUGGACGAGUCCAAAGUCACGAUGAAAGGCCGUUUAGGUCCUGGAAUGAUGAUCGCUGUUGAUUUGACUAGUGGUCAGGUUUAUGAAAAUACAGAGGUCAAGAAAAGAAUUGCAUCGUUGAAUCCGUACGGGAAAUGGGUUAAUGACAAUUUGAGAUCCUUGAAGCCUGUGAAUUUUCUUUCUGCUACUGUUUUGGAUAAUGAAGCAAUAUUGAGGCGUCAGCAGGCAUAUGGAUAUUCUAGUGAGGAUGUCCAAAUGGUAAUUGAAUCAAUGGCUGCACAAGGAAAGGAGCCCACAUUUUGUAUGGGCGAUGAUAUACCAUUGGCAGUGCUGUCUAGGAAGCCCCAUAUGAUAUAUGAUUACUUUAAGCAACGAUUUGCUCAGGUAACGAAUCCAGCUAUUGACCCACUUAGAGAAGGACUUGUUAUGUCUCUUGAAGUCAAUCUUGGGAAGCGUGGAAAUAUACUUGAAGUUGGACCGGAAAAUGCGUCUCAGGUGUAUCUGUCGAGUCCUGUGCUUAAUGAAGGAGAGCUAGAGUCACUGCUGAAAGACCCAAUUUUAAAAGCAGUAGUUUUGCCAACCUUUUUCGACAUUAGUAAAGGAGUUGAAGGUUCUUUGGAGAAGACAUUAUACAAGCUCUGUGAAGCAGCCGAUGAAGCUGUAAGGAAUGGUUCUCAACUUCUUGUUCUCUCAGAUAGAAGCGACGAGCCGGACCCAACUAAGCCUGCAAUCCCUAUACUACUUGCCGUCGGUGCUGUACAUCAACAUCUGAUCCAGAAUGGUCUCCGUAUGUCAGCUUCUAUUGUUGCAGAUACAGCGCAAUGUUUCAGUACUCAUCACUUUGCCUGUUUGAUAGGAUAUGGGGCGAGUGCUAUCUGCCCUUAUCUUGCAUUAGAAACAUGUCGACAAUGGCGUUUGAGCACCAAAACCGUGAAUCUGAUGAGAAAUGGAAAAAUGCCCACUGUAACAAUUGAACAGGCUCAAAAGAACUUCUGCAAGGCUGUGAAAGCCGGCCUUCUCAAGAUACUCUCUAAAAUGGGUAUCUCACUGCUCUCAAGUUAUUGUGGUGCGCAAAUUUUUGAAGUCUAUGGAUUGGGAAAAGAGGUUAUUGACAUGGCAUUCUGUGGGAGUGUUUCCAGCAUAGGUGGACUAACCUUGGAUGAGCUGGCAAGGGAAACACUGUCUUUUUGGGUAAAGGCAUUCUCAGAGGAUACUGCAAAAAGGCUUGAAAAUUUUGGCUUCAUACAAUUCAGACCCGGAGGUGAGUAUCACGGUAACAACCCAGAAAUGUCAAAACUGCUUCAUAAAGCUGUUAGGGCAAAGAGUGAAAGUGCAUAUUCAGUUUAUCAGCAGCAUUUGGCUACCCGACCUAUAAAUGUUCUCCGAGAUCUUCUUGAAUUCAAAAGCGAUCGUUCUCCUAUUCCAGUUGGAAAGGUUGAACCUGCUUCAUCUAUUGUAAUGCGUUUUUGUACUGGUGGAAUGUCCCUUGGAGCUAUUUCAAGGGAAACUCAUGAAGCAAUAGCAAUCGCAAUGAAUAGGAUCGGUGGAAAAUCUAAUUCAGGUGAAGGUGGCGAGGAUCCAAUUCGCUGGAAGCCACUUACUGAUGUCGUUGAUGGUUAUUCUCCAACACUCCCACACCUUAAAGGUCUUCAAAAUGGUGAUACAGCUACAAGUGCUAUCAAGCAGGUUGCCUCGGGGCGCUUUGGUGUUACUCCAACCUUUUUAGUCAAUGCCGAUCAAUUAGAAAUCAAAAUUGCUCAGGGUGCAAAGCCUGGUGAAGGUGGACAAUUGCCUGGAAAAAAAGUUAGCGCAUAUAUUGCACGGUUAAGAAACUCAAAGCCUGGUGUUCCCCUAAUAUCCCCCCCUCCUCACCAUGAUAUUUACUCUAUUGAGGAUCUUGCUCAGUUGAUAUAUGAUCUUCAUCAGGUCAAUCCCAGGGCAAAGGUCUCUGUCAAGCUUGUUGCAGAAGCUGGUAUUGGCACAGUGGCUUCAGGAGUGGCGAAGGGUAAUGCUGAUAUUAUUCAGAUAUCAGGGCAUGACGGGGGAACCGGAGCCAGUCCUGUGAGCUCCAUCAAGCAUGCAGGCGGUCCUUGGGAACUUGGACUGACUGAAACUCAUCAGACACUCAUUCAAAAUGGGCUUAGAGAAAGGGUCGUUCUCAGAGUUGAUGGUGGCUUCAAAAGUGGAAUGGAUGUCAUGAUGGCUGCUGCAAUGGGAGCUGAUGAAUAUGGAUUUGGUUCUAUAGCAAUGAUUGCCACUGGCUGUGUCAUGGCUCGUAUCUGCCAUACAAAUAACUGUCCUGUCGGUGUUGCUAGUCAGAGAGAAGAACUAAGGGCUCGUUUUCCUGGUGUGCCUGGAGACCUUGUCAACUACUUUUUGUACGUGGCUGAAGAGGUGCGAGGCACAUUGGCGCAGCUGGGGUAUGAAAAACUGGAUGAUGUUAUUGGGCGCACUGAUCUAUUAAGAGCUCGGGAUGUCUCAUUGAUGAAAACUCAACAUCUUGAUCUUGGCUACAUUCUUUCUAAUGUCGGAUUACCAAAAUUGAGCAGCACCGCCAUCCGGAACCAAGAUGUACACACCAAUGGUCCUGUUCUGGAUGAUAAACUACUGUCAGAUCUGCAGAUCUCAGAUGCAAUUGAGAACGAAAAAGUGGUUGAUAAAACAGUGGAAAUAUACAAUGUGGACCGUGCUGUUUGUGGCCGCAUUGCUGGCGUGGUUGCAAAGAAAUAUGGUGACACUGGUUUUGCUGGGCAGCUGAAUAUAACGUUUGUAGGGAGUGCUGGGCAAUCAUUUGCUUGUUUUCUCAUUCCUGGAAUGAACAUCCGACUUGUAGGAGAAGCUAACGACUAUGUUGGAAAGGGUAUGGCUGGCGGUGAAUUGGUUGUAACUCCUGUUGAAAAUACUGGUUUUUGCCCCGAAGAUGCUACUAUAGUAGGGAAUACGUGCUUGUAUGGAGCUACAGGCGGUCAAGUGUUUGUUAGAGGGAAAGCAGGGGAGCGUUUUGCUGUUAGAAACUCACUUGCUCAAGCAGUUGUAGAAGGCACUGGUGACCACUGUUGUGAAUACAUGACUGGAGGUUGCGUGGUGGUGCUUGGAAAAGUGGGUAGAAAUGUUGCUGCUGGCAUGACUGGAGGUUUAGCCUACAUCUUAGAUGAAGAUGAUACACUUAUCCCCAAGGUUAACAAGGAAAUUGUGAAGAUCCAGAGAGUGGUGGCUCCCGUCGGACAGAUGCAACUUAAGAGUCUAAUCGAGUCCCAUGUUGAGAAAACUGGAAGUACAAAAGGCUCUGAAAUUCUUAAGGACUGGGACAAAUAUUUGGCGCUCUUUUGGCAGCUGGUUCCACCAAGUGAAGAAGACACUCCAGAGGCUUGUGCAGAGUACGAGCAAACUGCCACUGAACAGGUGACUUUGCAAUCGGCAUAG